ACGUUAAUCACUGAUUUCUAACAACUAAAUUCCAACAGCUAGUCAAGUCGCCUUAAUCUGUGCUUAGAUCUGUUGGUUGAACUAAUGGCUUCUCACAGCUCUCAAACUACACUCUCUUCUGCCUCUAAUGCAACAUCUGCAGCUAAAUGGGACGUUUUCUUGAGCUUCCAUGGCAAGGACACUCGCUAUAAGUUUACGAGUCAUUUGUACUCUGCCCUCGACCGUCACGGACUCCGAACAUUCAAAGAUGAUCCUGAGCUACGCUGCUUACACAGUGGUGAAGUCAUAUCAGAUGCAUUGCUUCAAGCUAUUCAGGAUUCCAGGUCUUACGUUGUGGUCUUGUCUCAAAAUUAUGCUUCUUCGCAUUGGUGCCUUGACGAGCUGGCGGAGAUAUACAAGUGUCACAAAAUAUUUUCGAGAUGGGUUAUUCCUGUGUUUUACAACAUUGAUCCGUCUGUUGUGCGAUACCAAACUGGACGUUUCAAAGAAGCUUUUGAAAACCAUGAAAUUCGGUUUUCAAUGGAAAAAGUCAAGAAGUGGAGGCUUACACUAAAUGGAGUUGCUAAUUUAUCAGGACAACAUGUAACUGAAUGCAGGUAUGAAUCUGAUAUUAUCGAUGAAAUUGUUGAUGAGAUUCUACUUCAAAUAGAUACCAAGACUUUAAAUGUAGCCAAAUAUCCGGUUGGGUUGGAUACUAGUGUUGAACACAUAACAACAUUGUUGAGCAGUGGCACAAGUGGUGUCAUUAGGUUUGGUAUAUAUGGUAUGGGCGGAGUGGGUAAAACAACUCUUGCCAAAGCUCUCUACAAUCAACUCGUGCGAGAAGGAAGCUUUAAGGGCAGCAGCUUCCUCGCAAACUGUAGAGAGGUUUCGGGGACAGCAAAAGGCCUAGAAUCCUUACAACAGCAACUUAUCAAUGAUAUUCUUAGAAGUAAGAAUACUGUUCGUGUUGAUAAUGUUGAUAGUGGAAUUAGGUUGAUAGGAGUGAACAUUUGCUCAACAAAAGUUCUGGUUGUUAUUGAUGAUUUAGACCACCUUGAACAAUUUGAAUCUCUGGUAGGUCAAUUUGCUUCUGGGAGUGUAGUCAUCGUAACUACAAGAGAUGAAGAGCUGCUGGAUAAAAUUGAUGUAGAACCAAUUUAUAGGUACAGGGUAAAUGAGCUGGAUCCUGAUCAGUCACUGGCUCUAUUCAACCAACAUGCAUUUGGAAAGGCUAAACCAAACAGCAGCUUUUUGGUAUUGGCUAAAGAAAUUGUAUCCCAUGCUGGUGGGCUCCCCUUGGCGCUCCAGGUUUUUGGCUCAUCUUUGUAUAAGCGAUCUGAGGCAGGAUGGAAAUCAUUCACGGAGAAACUGCAACGAAUGCCUGACAACCGUAUACAGCAAAGACUUGUGAAUUGCUUAGAUGCUUUGGAAUCCGAUGAUCCGAUGCUGAAGAAUAUAUUCCUUGACAUUGCUUGCUUUUUAACUGGAUUUGAAAAAAAGGAGGCACUUAAAAUGUUGGAAACUUAUUAUUCUGAUGCAGAUUAUUACAUUGGAAUUUUGGAAAAAAGAUGUUUACUGACUAUAGAUGAUAGCAAUAAGUUGAGAAUGCAUGAUCUGCUUCGGGAGAUGGGAAGGGAAGUUUCACGUAACAAAUCAACUAAUGAACCUGGAAAGCAUAGUAGAUUGUGGGCAUUAGAAGAUAUCUGCGAUGUGUUGGAGAAGUACAAGGGAACAGAAGUGAUAGAAGGUAUGAUCCCUCGCAAUUUAGGGAAACCAAAUGCACUUAACAGAAUAUCAUUCACUACUGAAACAUUCAAAAGGAUGGGUAGCUUAAGAUUUCUCCUCCUCAGAGAUGUGAACAUCACUGGAAGCUUUGAACAGACAUUGGAAGAUUUGAGGUGGCUUACGUGGAAUGGGUGUACUUUUCAGAGUUUUCCCUCUGAAUUUUUCCCGCAGAGACUUGCUUUCCUUGCGUUGCCUUGUAGCAAAUUGAGAACAAUGCAGGGGCUAAACAAGGUCUUUUUAAAUGUGAAGGAUCUAGAUAUGUCAAGAUCUCUAGAUUUAACGACAACUCCAGACUUCACCAAAUUACCUUGUCUUGAAACUCUGGAUCUUCAUGGUUGUAGAAGCUUGGAGGACAUCCAUACAUCAAUUGGAAUAUUGUUGAAGCUCGUUUCGUUGAACUUGUCUGGUUGUGUGAAGCUAAAAAGUCUUCCAGACACCGUCUGCAACUUGAGUGCAUUGGAAGUGUUAUAUCUUGAUAGUUGCAAGAGCCUAAAAGCACUGCCUAAGGAGGUCGGGAACAUCAAAUCCUUAAAAGAUCUCAUAGCGUCUAAUUUAACUGUUUCUGAAUUACCAGAUUCUAUUGGACGUCUUAGUAAGCUAGUACGCCUACUUUCAGCAGGUAACAAGAACCUUAAAGCUCUUCCAGACACCAUCUGCAACUUGAGAGCAUUAGAAUUUCUAGAUAUCGAUUAUUGCAGUAGUUUGACAGCAUUUCCUAUAGAACUGGGGAAAAUGGAAUCCCUGAAACAGCUGCGUAUGAAAGGACUGGCUGUGUCUGAAAUACCAAAUUCGAUCCAGCGUUUACAUGAGCUUGUUGACCUCUACUUGUCUGACAACCAGAAUCUCAGAAAAAUUCCAGGCAGCAUUUGCCGCUUGAGAUCACUGAAGAGACUAUAUAUUUCUGGAUGCAAGAGACUAGAAAUAUCACCCGAAAAAUUUGGUCAUCUUACAAUAUUUGAGUAUGGUGGUAGAUCUCCGUAUAAAGUUGAGACUCGUGUAACGUUUGAAAAGAGUGACUCUGGAUGGGACCAGAAUAUUGAGAUCAAGCCAGGCAUAUAUGGUGAGAACCACGCAGACAAUAUAAUUCGUGAACACGUUUCAGGUUGCAAGACCGUAUUCAGGAUCCGUUGGAGUAAAUCAAUGGCUUCCACGAGUUCUCAAACUCCAUCCUCCUCUGCUCCAAACUCAACUCCUCGAUGGGAUGUUUUCUUGAGCUUCCGCGGUCUAGACACUCGACAUAACUUCACAAGUCAUUUGUAUGCUGCCCUUGAUCGUCACGGAGUUGGAACAUUCAAAGAUGACCCUGAGCUACGCAGCGGGGAAGUUAUUUCAGAUGCUCUGCUCAUGGCUAUAAGGAAAUCACGGUCUUACAUUGUAGUCUUCUCCGAAAACUAUGCUUCUUCGCCUUGGUGCCUUGACGAGCUCGUAGAGAUAAAUAAUUGUCGCGAGACGUUUUCGAGAUUGGUUGUUCCUGUGUUUUACAACAUUGAUCCAAAAGAUGUGCGACACCAAACGGGGAGUUUUAAAGAUGCAUUUAAAAAACAUGAGAUUCGGUUUUCGGGGGAUGUGGAGAAAGUUAACAAGUGGAGACUUGCACUAACAGAAGUGGCCAACUUGUCUGGAAAACAUGUGUCUGAAAACAGGUCUGAAGCUGAUAUGGUCACUGAAAUUGUUGAUGAGGUCCUGCUCAAAAUAGAUCCCAAGACUUUAGAUGUAGCCAAAUAUCCAGUUGGGUUGGAUUCUUGUGUUAAAGAGAUAACAAAGUUGUUGAGCAGUGGCACAGAAGGUGUCAUCAGGUUUGGUAUAUACGGUAUGGCUGGAGUGGGCAAAACGACUCUUGCCAAAGCUCUUUAUAAUCAACUCUUGCUAGGAGGAAGUUUUAAGGAAAGCUGCUUCCUCGUGAACUGUAGGGAGGUUUGUCAGACAACACAAGGCCUUGCAUCUCUACAACAAAAACUUCUGAAUGAUAUUCUCACAAGUAAGAAUCCUGUUAAGGUUGACAACGUUGACAAAGGAAUUAAGUGGAUACGAGCUAGACUACUUUACACUAAAGUUCUGGUUGCUAUUGAUGAUUUAGACCAUCGUAAACAAUUUGAAUAUUUGGUAGGGCCAUUUGCUUCUGGGAGUGUUGUUAUCAUAACUACAAGGGAUGAAGAGAUGCUGGAUAAAAUUGGUGUAGAACCCAGAUAUCGAUACAGGGUAUAUGAGCUGGAUGAUGACAAGUCACUGACUCUAUUUAACCAUCAUGCAUUUGGUAAUGCUGUACCAAACAGCAGUUUUAUGGUAAUGACUAAAGAAAUACUAGGUCGUGCUGGUGGACUUCCCUUGGCUCUCGAGGUUUUUGGCUCGUAUUUGUAUACGAGACCCGAGGUGGGGUGGAAAUCAUUCGUCAAGAAAUUGCAGCAAAUCCCUGACAGCACUAUACAGCAAAGACUUUUAAUUUGCUUGGAUGCCCUUGAAUCAGAUGAUCCUAUGCUGAAGGAAAUAUUCCUUGACAUUGCUUGUUUUUUAGUCGGAUUAGGAAUGAGAAGUGUUGUAGAAUUAUUGAAAACUUAUUAUUCUGAUGUAGAUUAUAAGAUCGGUAUUCUAAAGAAAAGGUGUUUACUAACGGUUGAUGAUAGCAAUAAGUUAAGAAUGCAUGAUCUGCUUCUGGAUAUGGGUAGAGAUGUUUCACGUAACAACUCUCCUAAGCAACCCGAAAAGCAUAGUAGAUUGUGGGCAGUAGAAGAUAUCCACGAUGUGUUGAAGAAGCACAAGGGAACAGAAGUGAUUGAAUGCAUCAUCCCUUGUGAUAUUGAGCAGGGAGAUUCACUCAACAGAGUACCAUUCAAAAUCAGUACUGAAACAUUCAAAAGAAUGGUUAACUUAAGAUUUCUAUUCCUCACAGAUGUGGACAUCAUUGGAAGCUUUGAACAGACAUUUGAAGAUUUGAGGUGGCUGUUAUGGGAUGAGUGUCCUUUAACGGAGUUCCCUUCAGAUUUUUACCCGCAAAAACUUGUUUCCCUUGCGUUACCUGAAAGCAAAAUGAGAACAAUGUGGGGGCUAAACAAGGUUUUUGAAAAUUUGAAGGAUCUAGACAUGUCACAUUCUUGUGAUUUAACUGCAACUCCAGACUUCACCAGAUUACCUUGUCUUGAAACUUUAAAACUUAUGAAUUGUAAAAGCUUGGAGGAAGUCCAUAUAUCAGUUGGGACUUUGGGGAAGCUUGUUUGCUUAAGUUUGCCAGGUUGUGUGAAACUAAAAAGACUUCCGCACACCCUUUGCAACUUGAGUGCAUUGAAAGUUCUAGAUAUUAAUAUUUGCGAGAGCCUGGAAGCAUUGCCUGUAGAAUUGGGGAACAUCAAAUCCCUGGAAGAAUUCAUAGCGUCUGGUUUAAGUAGUGUUUCAAUAUUACCAGAUUCGAUCGGACGUCUCAGCAAUCUGGUUAUGUUGUCUUUAAGAGAGAACGGGAACCUUGAAACUCUUCCGGACACCAUUUGCAACUUAAGUGCAUUAAAAGUUCUAAAUAUCGAUAAUUGUACUGGUCUGAGGGCAUUGCCUAAAGAAUUGGGAAAGAUGGAAUCCCUAAAACACCUGUCUAUGAGCGGACUUAACCUGUCUGAAAUACCAAAUUCAAUCGGGAAUUUACAUGAGCUUGUAGUCCUGCUCUUGAGUGACAACGAGAACCUCAGAAAUCUUCCACACAGCAUUUGCAGCUUGAGAUCACUGGAGGCUCUAUAUAUUUCUGGAUGCAAAAAACUGGAUAUAUUACCGGAAAAUUUUGGUGAUCUUACAAAGUCAGAGGAGCUAUAUGAUGAGUAUGCAUGGAUUAAAUAUUGUGAAUCUGGUUACUACAGCAAUUAUUUCAAACCUAUGCCAUUAUUUUAUGCUGGUAUGCGGGAGCUAUAUAGUGAAACCGAGCCAUGUUGCAUCAUCAUCUAAGUUGGAAAAAUUGAACUUAAGUGGAAAUGCUCUUACUGCCCUGCCAUGCAGAAUAGGUGUGUUCUAGCUAUAGGUAGCCUUUACAAAAUUAUUCUGCAGAAGUUUCACAUCUGUUUAGUCAGUCAAGUCAUAACAAAGGGUCAAUAAUUUCUGUAAAUUUGCAGCCAGAUGUGUCGUACAAUUUCUUGGCUUAAAGCCAAGAUCCAUGAAUUCAUAGGAUAUUCUGCUAAAAAUACCACAUUCGCUUUUAUGUGAAACAGUGGAAGGACUAAGUUUAGAGUAAAAUCCUCAAAUGAUCCUUGGUAAGAGUACCAAGAUCAAUCUUCUUAUUUGGAAAUGCAACUGAAGUAGAAUCAAAUUGAGAAAUAUGUGGGAUGCUUCUACUGUACUACAAGAUCAGAGAAGCUGCCGUUUCCAGUUAUGUCAUGGUAAAAAAAUUGACAUAGAUCUUGUGGAAAAAUCAGUUGAAGAAAACAAAAAUACCAAUGGCUACGAAUCUCCAGACUCUGCGACCUGACCCUCACUGGCGCUCAUGCUCUGUUGCUGAUAAAUCUUUGCUUGAUUUGCCUUUGUCCUAACAAUUUCUGUUAAUCCUUGGAGUAGCUCAAAAUGGAGCAAGUCCUGAUUGAGUAAAGCAGCCUGGCACUCCACGUUGCCUUGUAGCAAUAAACGUCGAAUAUUGGAACUUUGUAAGGUCAGUACAGAGAUUUACACUGAAGUAUCUAUUGCAAUCUAGUAAUACUUUACUUCUCUUGCUGAAAAGAGAAUAUUCGAGACUCCUUCUAACUUUUGUAAUUGACCAUUACAAAAAAAAAAUUCUGUGAAAUUAGUUUGAGCAGGUAUUCCAAUUUGAAGGUUAAAUUUAAGCUCGUUUUGUUCUAGAAUAUAUGCGAGUUGUGAUCACUUACUGAAGAGUAUACGUGCUAGAUGGUGUGAUUACUUGUACCGCGCACAUAGAGAAUUCUUAAUGCAGUAGUCCAUGCCACACUUUAUAUCACUAGGCUGAAACCUCCUGGUUGCACCCCCACAGGAUUAUUCACUGGGCCGAUGGUUGGUAUUGUCUGGAAAUUAUGCCUCUGUUGUGAGACACCAGAGUGGAAGUUUCACAGCUGCAUUUAAAAAACAUGAAGCUCGGUUUUCUGCGGAAAUGGAGGAAGCCAAGAAGUGGCGUCUAAGUUCUAACACUAACAGAAGUUGCCAACUUUUCAGGAAAACAUGUAUCUCAAAACAGGUGAUUACACUGAAAUGAUAUUUGGUUAAAGUACCUUAUCAUUCUCAAUAAAAAACUGCAUAUAUAUUAUUUACAAUUAUAGUCUCUAUGUUAUAAUCAAAAGUAUUUCAUUGCAAGUCUGAAGCUGAUCUUAUCAGUCAAAUUGUUGAUGAGAUUUCACUCGAAAUAGAUCUCAAGACUUUAGAUGUGGCCAAAUAUCCGGUUGGGUUAGAAUCUCGUGUUAUAGA